AUGCACCAACAAGCCAGGAUACCACAGAGGAAGGCCUCGUCCCCGGCACCAUCACCACAACUUCCAUCCUCUCGAAAUGUAUCCAACGCUGAUGCUGGCAUCGGCGGCGCUCGUUCCCGGGCGGCGUCUACCCUCUCCGUGAACCAGCCUUCAUCAGCUCCAGCACCUAGCGAGGGCCCAUCAGCUUCCAGCCUGCCCAGCGAUUCUGUCAAGAAGCUGGAUCAAAUAGUGCAGAAUUUUUACACCAAGGCUGCCGCAUUAAUUCUAGACUCAAGAAUGAAGUUGCGGCCCAUACGGAAUUCUAGCGGAGCACCCAAGGUGAACAGAUGGUAUCAAAUAGAGACGGACGAAAUUGAUGACUUUCGAGAAGAGCUCAGGACUUGGAAGACUUGUGGCAGUCUGGAAAACCUCCCACCUCCAAUGGUCAUCGAGGUGUAUCUAGACGCGUCAUCUCUCAAGGAAAGCCAAAGUCUUAUCACUGUAGACGAGCAUGGAAAACGCUGGGAUGUCAUGGAACAGCUCCAGUUGUCCCGAUCAAGUGAUAGCACGUCGCCCAACACAUUCGACCGCAACACAGAAGUUGUGCUAGAACGUUGGACUGUGGAGUUGAUACCGAACAACUCCCUACCAACUGACGACUUUGGCCCCAUCCUCCCAACCAUCUACAAAAAGGCCAUUGUUUUCUUCAGAUCCCUCUUUAUUACCACAAGACUUGUACCAGCCUGGAAAUUCACCAGCCAAGGAAGAGCAAAAGGCUGCGUCGCGGCUCUUACCCCCCGUUGCAGGAUACUCAUGCAGCGUCCAAGCAGGAACUCCCGAGACCUUCUAAGGACUCCCAUCGACGGUAGGCCCGAUCCAGUUACAGAAUACAUGUUUGGGGACUUGGACGUUCCCGCUGGUCGUCUAAGCACGUCUGUCACCUACAGAAACGAAUGCAGCUUCAGAAUCGAUGAUGCAGAGUCGCUGUUGAGCUCUAGAUUCAUGGGCAUUGACGAAAACUACUUUAAGCCCUCAAUACCACAAAGAGUGGACUCGCCAAGAGUCGCACAGCCCGAGGUUGGCUCGUUCCGAGAUCAUCGAAAACGGCCUAGCAUAAGUGAUGCUCAUCAAACAUAUGGAAGUCUCUCAACGUUCCAUGGCGAUGGGGCUCUAGGAACGAGUCCUAUCUCUGCGCUCAGAUCUGUCAAGGUUCCUGGUUCUGACACGAGCUCGCCGCCAGCCUCGUUUCCGAAACAGUCCGACCUGGGUGCUCCCAACUCAUUGCCCAUUGGAAACCGGGGACAGUCUAGCCGCCAUACAACCCGACCUGAUGGAUCUGCCAGGAGACCAUCCAUCUCGUUUCAACCAUUCAAGGCUGGUUCCCUUUCAGGUUCCCCCGUCCCUCGAUCUCUCGAACCAGAAUCACCCGCAUCGUUGCAAAGCCGGACCUCGGCUUUCCCGCAGAUGCAGCCUAGGCAACGCACGUCACUAACAGCUGGCAUGCCAGCGACCUUGCGAGGCGGACCUCCGCAGCCUACAGAUAUCCCCGUUGUUGGCUCACCACGUCCAUCAUCUUCCAAUCGCUACAGCAGCAGCUUUACGCAUCGCCGUAACCGCCCAUCUAUUAGUGGACCGAGUAAAGGAGGACCCGAUGAUGAGCAGGGCAGUAGUGGGAGACAGAGCCUUGCUUCUUCGGUGGCGCAACCCGGGUCCGGCCUGUUGGCUGAGCCUGACAACGCCAGUUCCGGGUCGUUGCCAGCUGAAGAAGAUGAUAUCUCCGACUUCUUAAAGGUUCUGGACAGUAAAAAGACACUCAAGAGUUUUGAGCCAACGAAACGGGACUCAGCAACGAAUAAGACUGUUGCACAGCUAUCCAGGUUUCACCUAAUGCGGGAGUCAAACAACGCCUUGGGAGAUUCUAUGACUUCGUCUGUGCAACUGCAGCGCUCGUCAAGUUCCUCGAGUCGGCAGCUCACAAGUGUGCCUGGAAUGGUGGCGCCGGCAUCAAUGUCGCCAUCUUCAUCGUCGCCCGGCAAGCCUAUCUCACCACAUACCCCACACACGCCUGCCAUUCCCUCUCGUCUCAGUGAAAACUCGAUAGUCGAUCACUCGGAAGGGCGCUCUCGAGCAGUUUCUCGAGCAACACGCCCCAGAGGUCCUUCAAUUCCGGAAACAAGCCGCCAAAACACCAUCACUCAGGAGGGCACUACUGCCAUUGACAUACCGUUGUCACCCCGUCUGGGUUCACACCAAAGACGAUCAAGCUCAGUCGCGCAGCAAACCAGAGCAGCAGUUGACGAUGAGGAAACGGACCUGGCUUUUGCAAAUCGAAGCGUCAGCCUAGGAGCAGAGGACAGAGAGGCGCCGACUCUCAGCACACUUCUUGGCCGCCAAAUGCAACUGGACAAUGAGUCUACUGCUCGCGAAAGCCCGCCCAGCAGUCUCCGACCCGCGCCCGAGAUUCGAUCUGCGAGUGUAUCGGUAGCAAUGCUUCGUGGGUCCACAGAAGAAACGCCCCCCGACGGCUUGAUCUCUGUCGCGCAGUCGUCGUCGCCGUUUCAACGCAAACGGUAUACCGGAAUGAACGCUGGUCGUGGACAGACACCGCCGCCGCAUCACAUGCAGGCAGCUCGAGGCAGCUACGCGGGUAGCUCUAGCAGCCGCCUCAUCCGUGGUGAUGAUGAGUCGGUCGGCGACGAACCGCUCAUGUUUACACUCUCGGAGAUGGAUGCACAGGGUCGUCGCAGCCUGGAGGAAGGACGGGGUAGUGUAAAUACAGGAAGUAACACCGGCUCAGAGAGAGCCGUCUAUGAGCCUCGCGGCACCACCAGAAGGGGCUGGUGA